CCCCGCUAUGGCUCUGCUACUACUCGCACUCGUGACUGGAGCUCAGGGAGGAACGAACCCACCUUUUUGGGGAGGAGACAGGGAGCCGAGGGCCGUCUGAGCAACAGGACACUGAGGCGGCAUCACUUCCUUUUCGCGGCAACUCCCCCCUCCUGCCGCUGCUUCCACGGCAGCCACAUGACACUGAGAUACAGAGAAACUGAAGGAAAGAAACAAGAACCGUAACGAAGCGAUUUCCCCCGGUCACAAGCAGCCCGUGCUGUGCAGCUCCCGCCCUUCUCUCUCUCUCCGCUUUCUACUAUCGCUCUCUCCUUUCCGUCUCCCGCAAGUCGCCAUGCCUAAUAUCGUGCUCUUCAGCGGCAGCUCACACCAGGAUCUGUCCCAGAAAGUGGCGGAAAGGCUGGGACUGGAGCUGGGGAAAGUGGUGACAAAGAAAUUCAGUAACCAGGAGACGAGUGUGGAGAUUGGUGAAAGUGUAAGGGGAGAAGAUGUUUAUAUUAUACAGAGUGGUUGUGGGGAAAUAAAUGACAACCUGAUGGAGCUCCUGAUCAUGAUAAAUGCCUGCAAAAUUGCUUCCUCGUCUCGUGUCACAGCCGUUAUUCCAUGUUUCCCUUACGCCCGGCAAGACAAAAAAGAUAAGAGUCGUGCACCCAUAUCUGCCAAGCUUGUUGCAAACAUGCUCUCAGUUGCUGGGGCUGACCACAUAAUCACCAUGGAUCUCCACGCUUCCCAGAUACAGGGUUUCUUUGACAUUCCUGUAGAUAACCUGUAUGCUGAACCAGCUGUACUUCAGUGGAUCCGAGAAAAUAUUCCCGAGUGGAAGAACUCAAUUAUUGUUUCUCCUGAUGCUGGCGGUGCCAAAAGGGUGACGUCUAUUGCUGACCGGCUAAAUGUGGAAUUUGCCCUCAUCCACAAAGAAAGAAAGAAAGCUAAUGAGGUGGACAGAAUGGUGCUUGUUGGAGAUGUAAAGGAUCGUGUUGCUAUCCUAGUAGAUGAUAUGGCUGAUACAUGUGGCACCAUAUGUCAUGCUGCUGAUAAAUUACUUUCUGCUGGAGCAACAAAGGUCUAUGCAAUUUUAACACAUGGAAUUUUCUCUGGUCCCGCAAUCUCUCGAAUUAAUAACGCAGCAUUUGAGGCUGUAGUGGUAACCAAUACAAUUCCACAAGAAGAUAAAAUGAAACAGUGCUCCAAGAUUCAGGUUAUCGACAUUUCUAUGAUACUGGCAGAGGCAAUUCGAAGGACACAUAAUGGGGAAUCUGUCUCGUACCUUUUCAGCCACGUGCCUUUAUAAACUCUGUGUUGUUAUUCCCCUUUCCCAUGUCAUUUUUUUUUUUUUUUUUUUUUUUUUUUUUUAAAUAUGCUAUGUUAACCAAAAGCCAGAAAAAUGACUGUUUAACAGUCCAGGAUAGUACUUUUCUCCUCCAAGGGAAAAGCACUGUCUAGCUCUAGCAAGAGAAGAAAAAAGAUAAGUAGUUUCCCAAAUGCUUUCUGACAGUGCUGAAUAUAGCCCUGGUUUCCAUUUGGUUACACUGUUGCUAAAAAAAAAACCCUCUAUGGACUUCUGAGUAGAAUUUAUUGCUGUGUACUUGCACAAAACUAUCACUGAAUAAAUCUUGUGAGAGAUAAGACACUUUGAAUGUUACUUUAUCUAGUGAAAGUGUUGGGGUGAUAGGAUGGUUUGGGAAUGAAGAGAUGAAACCUAUUUUGUAUGCAGUAUAAACCUUAUACUCUCGACUGUUCUUAGACAGGGGUUUAAUAUAUCUUGUUUCUUUUAUGACUUUGAUUAGUAGCAACUCUGCUAUACAAGUGUAAAUCGUAUGUGUUACGCUGUGGGGUUUUUUUUCUGUGUUUAAAUGUUUUGUUUUUUUCCCAUCUCUGUUUAUAGUUGAAAUGGAAAUAUUUUCCAUGCUGCCUCGAUUGCCUAGCUUUUACACAUGCUGCUGACUUGCUUAUUGCUAAUGUUAGUACUUCCCCUAAGGCAAAUGUUUUGCUGUUAUGCAAUGGCACUAAUGCGAAUACCACCUUAUGAUAGCCAUGAUUUUAAAAUAAAAAAAACAUGCUGCUCUCCACAAAGAACACUUACUAAACUGGAUACAAUCAGAAAAUAGUGUUCUGGCCGCAAACUUAUUAUUUUGUCAGAUGCUGUUCCAGUCUAGCAGUAUAUCUAUUAUAACCUCAUAUAAGCACCUAUUUAACUCAAAUUGUUUCCCCCUCCCCAGAGGUGCAGGCUAAUAGAGCCAACUCUGGUUGGGCUUUUUUGUUAUUGUUUUUUUUUUUUUUUUUAAACAGCGCCCCAAUCUGUGCUAGGCUGCCCACAUCAGGGGAGCUAUAACUCGCUCAUUAUGUGCAUGCGUGUGGAGUAGGAGGGUGAACUGCUUCCACUGCUCCUACAUCAGGAGCAUGGGCAUAAUGAGCGAGCUGGGCAGCCUGAUCAUUAUGCACAUGCACAACAAAUAACAUGGAUAUGCAGGCAGCGUAGCAAUAGCGGGGGCUGUAUUUUUUAACUACUGUUUUCCCCACCCAGAGUGCAGGCUCUAUUAGCCCGCACCUCUGGAGGGGGAAACAUUUUGAGGGUGAUAGAUGCGUUUUAAACCAACUUCUGUAAUUUUAUAAAUUAUGUAUGUAGCAUGUGAAUUUUCUAACUGGAAUUGCUACAGGUUGCUGCAGGUCUCCAAAGUUUGCUGAUUUUUUUUUUUUUUUUUACAAAGCAUCUGUAAAACUAAUACAGGUGUGGGAUCUUUUAUCUGGAAUGCUUAGAACCUAGGGUUUGUUGGAUGACAAAUGUGGAGCACCAUGCUUUACUACUAAAAUGUUACUACAAGGUACUCUAUAUGGACAAUAAGCAAAGGAGACAAACGUUAUUCAUAAUUUGUUUGAAGAGGACAUUGUAGCAAAUGGCAUUGUCAUAUUUCAGAGCAUUUUGGAGAACAUGUUUCCAGGUAAUGGGUUCCCCACCUGUACAAAAGUUAGUAACCCAAUUUGGUAAAACAAAUAUGUAUGUAUUUCGAAUACUUCUCUGUUAUAUACCUUUUCAAAUGCAUCUUCAUUGUAAAAAGAACUGGAUUACAAACAUGUGCAAAGGCUGUGACAAAAGUCUUUACUAGAUUUUUUUCAUUCAAUUUUUUUUUUUCUCAACAAUAGGUCUUGGUUGCAAUAUUUUUUUAAAAGUACUGUUUGCUUAAAUAUCAACAAUAAAUUGUGAGAGUUCUGUGUGGACCAAUUUAUUUUAA